GAAGAAAAAGAAGGGGGGCCCUGAGAAGAAGGACGCCCCCCUCGUCAUUGUCGAAGAGCAUUCCUCCUCCUCUCCCUCAGCAAAUGCUCUUCCUCCCCCCGGGGACCAAGGCAACAACCUGGCCUGGCCCCGGGAUGAUGUGCAAUUCUCCAUCACCAAGGGAACUGCCAUCAUGCAUGGCACCCUCAACCCGAGGGAGUUCCUAAGGGGUGCCACGCCUCCGACUGACAAGUCGGUGCUCUCGAGGGCGAAGGAUGAUGCCCUCAGUGCCAAGGUGCUCCAAGCCUCCGUCACUGCUGCCCUCGGGCUUGGGGAACUGCUCCAGAGGAUGGAGCAAUACCAGCUGCAGAAGUUGCAAGCCGAUGAGGCCCUGGCGGAGUCCCGGCGACAGCUCCAGGAGGUCCGAGAGUCCCUCCGGCGGGAGACGGAGGCGUUCAAUUCCAUCCUGGAGAACAACAAAAUAAUCGCCAGG